GAACCUUGAACUAAACCGUAGACUUAGUACAUGGAAGAUCAUGUGAUAGUGCAUGCACGUUGAGAGGGCUGAAAUCAUGCCAAAUUAUACGUUACAAACACCAAAAUCAAGGAAGAAAAACGUUACCAGCGGCUGUUUGGCGUGGGGUUUGAACUCAAAAUUGGCAACCAGUUGAGCAUUUAUGAGUAUCUUCUUCACAUUAACCUUGCUACUCUUUCUCUACAUAAACAUAUACAGAAAAACAGUAAAGGGUACCCAUAGAAUGAUGGAGUUUCGUUCAACACUUAGUGGUUUGAUAGCAAGUUUAGUUCUUGUUUAUUGCUUUGCAGAAGAGAGGCAAAUAUACUUAGUUUUAAUGGAAGAAAGCUCAAACGAAGACCAUCUUCUUCAAAACACACUAAAAAGCUACACAAAGCUUCAAAGCUUCAAGCACAUAAUGAAUGGCUUUGCAGUGCACACAACGCCAUCAGAGGCCGCCAAGCUAAGACAAGCCAAUGGAGUGAAAUUAGUGGAGAGAGAUAGAGGAGUGAGGAAGAUGACAACUUACACCCCUAAGUUUCUAGGGGUGCCCUCCAAAUCAAGGUUAUGUUCCAAGAAGACUAAAACUAGCCCUGAUGGGGAAGGGAUUGUUAUUGGGUUUGUGGACUCUGGGAUUGACCCAACACACCCAAGCUUUGGUUUUGAUGAUGGUUAUGAAGAUUUAAGGCUGUUUUGUGAAAAGGGUCGGUUUUUUCCAUUGAGUUCGUGCAAUGGGAAGAUAGUUGGGGCUAGGUUUUUCUCGGCGGGGGCUCGAGCUGUUGCGAAGCUUAAUUCUUCUGUUGAUUUUCUCUCGCCGUUUGAUGUAGAAGGCCAUGGGAGCCAUGUCGCUUCCAUAGCUGCCGGGAAUGGUGGAGUUCCUGUUUAUGUUAAUGGUUUUUUCUAUGGAUUCGCCAGUGGGAUGGCACCACGAGCAAGAAUUGCUGUCUAUAAGGCCGUUUAUCCAACCAUGUCCACUCUAACCGAUGUUGUUUCAGCAAUAGAUCAAGCAGUGAUCGAUGGAGUUGAUAUAUUGGCAUUAUCAGUCGGACCAAAUGAACCACCGGAGGAAGGACUUACCUUCCUAAGCAUAUACGACAUUGCCAUAUUAUCUGCUACACGAGCUGGGAUCCUUGUGGUUCAGGCAGUUGGAAACAACGGCCCAGCCUCGGCGACCGUCGUCUCCUACAGCCCGUGGGCAGUCGGCGUUGCAGCUUCGGGCACUGACAGAGUUUAUCCGGCCUCACUUCUUCUUGGGAAUGGCCAGAAAGUUGGAGGAGUAGGAUUAUCUGGACCCACUUUUUUUCUACAUAAACUUGUAUUAGCCAAGGAUGCAAUGAAACAAAAUGGGACAAUUCCCAGUGAAGAGUGCCAAUAUCCUGAAGCUUUUGACCCAAAUCUUGUCCAAAACAGCAUAGUCCUCUGCUCUUUCUCUCAAGGAUUCCUCAAUGGCACCUCCUCCCUCGCAGCCAUCAUCCACACUGCAAUGACACUCCGAUUCAUCGGCUUCGCUCUCAUUGCAAAUCCCAACUAUGGCGAUUUCAUCGCCGAGCCCAUCACUUUCAGACUUCCUGGCAUUCUUAUCCCGAACGCAUCAGAUUCUCAGGCGAUACUAAACUACUACGAAGCAAAUACAUGCAAGGAUGCCAAUGGAAUGGUCAGUGAAUUUAAAGGGAAAGCAGCCAUAGGAGAAGGAAGAGUUGCUUCAUUUGGAAGCCAAGCACCAACAGUUAGCAGAUUUUCAUCCAGAGGACCAGAUUAUAUGAACAUGAACAGGACAGUAGCUGAUGUGCUAAAGCCAGAUAUUCUUGCACCUGGCCACCAAAUUUGGGCUGCUUGGAGCCCUCUCAGUGUUACAGAGCCACUUUUGAAGGGUUACCAAUUUGCACUGAUGUCUGGGACAAGUAUGGCAGCACCUCAUAUAGUGGGAAUAGCAGCACUUAUUAAGCAAAAGAAUCCUUCUUGGACUCCUUCCAUGAUAGCUUCUGCAAUGUCAACAACUGCCACAAAGUAUGAUAUGAAUGGAGACCUUAUUCAGGCUGAGGGAUUCGACAUUCAUCGUUUAUAUCCUUCUACUCCCUUUGAUUUGGGCGCUGGCCUCGUCAAACCGACCAAUGCUUUGGACCCAGGACUGGUCUUCCCAGCAGAAUAUGAAGACUACAUAAACUUCUUGUGCUCAUUACCUGGGGAUCCUGCUGUCAUAAAAAAUACCACUGGAGGACAGUGCAACGCCUCUGUCCCACAGCCACACCCGGCAGAUCUGAACCUUCCUUCAGUCACAAUAUCGUCACUGGUUGGGCAUCAGGUGCUGCACAGAAGAGUGAAGAAUGUAGGAACCAAAGUGGAGACAUACGUGUGGUCAGUGAUCCCACCAAAUGGGACAACAAUCAACAUCAAUCCACCAUGGUUCACCAUAGCACCAGGAGGACUCCAAAACUUGGAAAUACAGAUCAAAGUUACACACAAAAUGAAUCACUUUACCUUUGGGGAGAUUCUUUUCACAGGAAGUUUAAAUCAUAUUGGAAGGAUCCCUUUGUCAGUUUUGGCUGUUUCUGUAUCCUAAAGUCAGGAUUGGUUUGUUCUUUUCAACUGAAUGUUAGUUUCUAGACGUAAA